AUGGGCCCAACUCACUGCUGGCUCAGCCUGGCCUGCUUGAUUGCGCUCCUGAGCAUCGGCAGCAAUGCGUUCAUCUCGAGCCGUGCGAAUAUCAGCAGUGAACUAGGCCCGCAGCUCUCUGAAGCGGCGAGUAUCUACUUUCCUGACGCCGAAGAGUUCACGCAGGCCACGGAUAGAUGGUCUGACUACUACUCGCCGAACUUCACGGUCGUCGUUCAAGUAGCCGAGGAGGAGGAUGUGGCUAAGACAGUUCGUUACGCCAACGCUAAUGGAAUUCCCUUCCUUGCGGUGAAUGAUGGACACGGCGAUAUCUCGAGUCUUGGACGACUAGAACACGGUAUCCAGAUUUGGCUGCGCAAGCUCAACUCUAUUAAGAUCUCAGAGGAUGGCCGUACCGCCACGUUCGGUGGUGGUGUCCGCUCGUACGAGUUGAUGCACACUCUCUUCGAUCAGGGAAAGCAGGCUGUACAUGGCGUCUGUGAGUGCACGAGUUAUCUCGGACCAGGUCUGGGAGGUGGCCACGGUGCUCUCCAAGGCCGACAUGGGCUCGUUUCCGAUCAGUAUCUAUCAUUGCGUAUGGUCACAGCGGAGGGCGAGAUCCUCGAAGUCGCACCAGACAACAAGAACAAUGAUCUAUGGUGGGCAAUGCAAGGCGCAGGCCACAACUUCGGAAUUGUGACCUCGAUCACCUCGAAAAUCUACGACCUUGUUGAAUACGGCAUGUGGUCGUGGGAACAGCUCUUAUUCACCCAUGACCAGGUUGAAGAGGUUUUUGAGCUCUUCAACAAACUCGCUGAUAACCAGCCGCCUGACUUCCUGGUUUGGUCAUAUAUCCCUAUCAUCAUGUCCCAUUUCUUGCGCGGAGGAGUUUCCGAAAUAGACACCGAGAUCAUCCAGCCGUUCCGCGAGCUUUCAGGUGGCUCAAUGGACAAUGCUACAGGACUCUAUACCGACAUCCCCAAGUGGAUCGGCACCGAUCUGGCCGGGAGGGGUUGCGCAAGGUCUGGAAGCAAGAUCCGGUUCCCAAUCGGCUUCUCGCGGUAUAACCCUAAAGCGCAGCGAGAGUUCUUUGAUGCAUUCGCAGAAGGAACCGCAGGCGACUCGCCCUUGAACACAUCUCUAGUGUUGCUAGAGCAAUACUCUGUGCAAGGCGUCCAGGCUGUUCCCGAAGAGUCAACUGCCUUCCCUCACCGACAGGAUGAUUUGCUCCUUUCUCCUAAUAUCCAAUAUAAGUCCCCGGCCGAUCCGGAGACGGAGUUCCAGGCAAUGGUACUUGGAGAUAGUCUGAGAGCGAUCCUGCUUAAAGGAACAGCCUCGAAUGAGCUGCGAGCGUAUGUCAAUUAUGCUGCUGGAAAUGAAGGACCCAAAAGCUGGUACGGGUACGAGCCAUGGAGACUGGAGCGGCUUUCGAAGCUGAAGAGAAAGUACGAUCCGAACGGCAGAUUCUCGUACUAUGCGCCAAUUCCUCAAGGGUUCGACUCGGAGUAG